AUGCGGCAUUGUUACCUUCAAUUUGACAACCAGCAUCGGUUAAUUCUACGGGACGAAUGCUGUGUUGGAACCAUCGUUGGUUACAACGGGGCUAGAAGGGAGAAGCACCGCAACUUCACCAGGAUACUUGAUGAGGGCAUAGAAAUCUUAAUCCGAGCGGAUAUAAAAUCCUUGUUGAACUGGACCUCUACCUCGUAUUCCAAAUUUUCAUCCCCAAGCGCGAGACAGGUUUCACCGAAUACGCACGCUACCAACGUUGAACGAUUUCGCGAGAUGAUGCCCGCGGAGGAUGAUGUGCCUAACAGUGGACUCAACGUCUACAGCUGA